AGCUCCCCAACACUCCCCCUCUGCCUCCAACCUGCCAAUCAUCACAAUGCAGUUCCGCUAUUCCACCGGUACCAACGAACCAACAGACUUCCCCUGGGAAGCCGCCAUCCCCGUCUCCACAUUCUGGGACUCAUUCACCUUCAAAGACGCCGCCUGUAUUAUCAAGGCCAUUCCCGUCGAGGAACUCGAACAACAUGACCUCGAUACGCGAUACGGAUCUGCAACCCAGCCGGAGAAAAUAGCCGUUGCGCUUGAUAUCCUCCGGGAAAGGCUCCAGCGCGAGGAAGCCAAAUACCCACCUCCGGCUGAGUUUUGCACGGCGGACCAUAAUGCUUGGAGUCAUCUCUGGUUGGCAAUCGCGGCUACCAGUAUGGAUCUAGGUCAGGUAGAUGUGGCCGAAGAAGCACAUCGAACCCUUGUCGUCAAACGACUGGAUCCGAACGACUUGGUACCUGCCAACAAUCUUUGUGCAUUUUUGGCUAGGAAUACCACCAAGUAUGAUGAGGCUAUAACCUUGGCUGGGCCAUGCAAGGAAUGAUUGGAUAAGAAACUGGGGAGGGGCGUCGCCCCAGGCGAUUGGGGUGCGCAGGAAUAUCGCGGAGGCGGAGUGGAAACGAGGGGAUCGGGAGCGUGCUCGGGAGAUGAUUGCGGAGGUUUUCGAGUGUAUUGAUGAGUUGAAGGGGAGUAGGUUUGCUGUGUAUGAGGAUGAUGAGAGAGAGUAUGCUCGAGGAUGGGAGGAGGAGCUGAAGAAGUGGCAGGGUUAGUUUGUGUUGUUGUUUACUAAACUGGGGGUUGAAGACAAGAACACUGUAUCGCAUGUAGCUAAGAUGUCAGGUUUAUCCAUGUGACGUGGAACUUCUUAGGAAAGUAUAAACAGGAGAUAGAGGUGAAGGAUCCUAGUUAGUAGAAAGAAAGAAAGGUCAGCGAGAACAGCUAGUGGAGGACCCAACUUGG